GGGAGGCGGGCAGGCGGGCGGCCGCCAUCUUGAGGCGGAGGGGAGGAGGGCCCCGCGCGGCCGGAGCGGGGCAGGCGGCCCUUUGGUUACUAUGGCGUCCCGUGAGGAGGUUACCCUUAGUGAAGAAGAAGUAAGGUCUCGGUACAGCCACUUAGAGAAGAUGACAGAUUUGGUGGCUGUUUGGGAAGUAGCUUUAAGCGAUGGUGUUCAUAAAAUUGAGUUUGAGCACGGGACCACUUCAGGAAAACGUGUUGUCUAUGUUGACGGAAAGGAAAUAAUACGAAAAGAAUGGAUGUUUAAAUUAGUGGGUAAAGAAACAUUCACUGUUGGAGUAUCCAAAACAAGAGCCACUAUUAACAUUGAUGCUGUCAGUGGCUUUGCAUAUGAGUAUACUUUGGAGAUCAAUGGAAAAAGCCUCAAGAAAUAUAUGGAGAACAGGUCAAAAACAACCAAUACUUGGGUACUGAGCUUGGGUGGUACAGACUAUAGAGUUGUUCUGGAAAAGGACACUAUGGAUGUGUGGUGCAACGGUGAAAAAAUGGAGACAGCGGGUGAAUUUGUAGAAGAUGGGACUGAAACUCACUUCAGUGUUGGUGAUCACAGCUGUUACAUUAAGGCUGUCAGUAGUGGAAAACGAAAGGAAGGAAUUAUUCACACUCUUAUUGUGGAUGACAGAGAAAUUCCAGAGGCUGUGGAGUAGCUUCUAGUUAACUGAUUGUUGUAGGACUCAGAUCAGGAUGCUGCUGGUUUCCUCAGAGGUCCAUGGGACUCUCCUUCACCUGGGAGCAAGUCAGCAAAUAACAUGGAAGGGCUUGAAGACUGUUGCAAAUGACAAAGGUGUCAGGAUUGUUUAUAUCAUCUACUAAGCUAUCAUAUAACAUACUGGCAUCUCCUUCCACUGCUGGUGGCAUAAUGUAAGACGGCUUGCCUUUAGUAUAUAAUCCUGUUAAUACAUCAGCCUCAAACACGUAGAUUUUAGACUCCGUUUCCUUCUUCCCGUCAUCCUCGAUUAGGCUGUUUGGGUUCCUUUUAAAGUAGAUGCCAGCUCCGUAUCUUUGGUCUGAAAAGGAAACAAAAAAAAAUAAGGAAGAAAUAUAUUUAACAAUUGGUUCUUUUGGGGCGGUAGUACUAAAAGUUUGCUUCUCAUCAGGCUGCUGAACAUGUGUUUGCAGCAAGAAAAUACAGGUUUGGACCUUCUUUAAAGACUGCUGCAACAAAGUAAAACUUGGCUGUGGCAUUAUACCUACAAUAACAAUUUUGUGAGCAGUGGCUGGGCUAGAAAGGAAUCCAGGCUUAUCUUCCCAGAGCCUUACUGACUGCGGUGUCAGGACAGAAAGCAGUAAGCUCAUAAGACUCUUAAUGCUGGUAAGAAGCAGUUCUUGUUUAGCAUAGUCGUAAUUUCUGAUUUUCAUCCAACUUCAGUUGUUAGUCACUGUUUGUUUUGAUUAAAGAUGUCAAAGCAAGUUAUAUUACCUGGUGGUGGAGAAUAUAUUCUGUGAAAUCCAGUUUGGCAUACCAAGGUACAGAACUGAGCAGGAACACGCUGGUAUAACUUGUGAGUUCCUUUGGAGGUUACUCCUUUUUGUUCCAGAUUUUUUUUCGUUUGUUGGAAUGCAGCAGAUAGAAGGGGAUUGUGUAUUUUUUCAAUCUGUAACACAAAUAAGCAAACAGACAAUUACCCAUGAAAUGUGCAAGUUCAGGCUAUGCUCUUCAAUGUAAGAACCUUUGAUUUAGGUUAUAUGCAUUGAGCACAAAGCAAGUAAGGUAUGUGAAGUGUGCAGCUAAUCCACAGAAAGAACCAUGCCACUAUCCAACACCUCUCACUGAAGUCAGUUGAAAGCAGUUAAUAUACAUUUUAAGAACUUGCAUUAAGUUACUUCAGGUAUAUCAGUUGAGAUUUAAUUUUGCCACAUAUAUCUUAUUUACCUUAAGGAUGUGAAGCCCAGUCCUUUCAAACUGUUUCUGUCUGUCCUUAAAUGCCUGAAGGUGUGAGUCAACCUGUAACAUUUGGAACUGUUUAGUAGUGUUUGUCUUGUCAAGGUGUCCUUCUGAAAGCUGAUCUGUGUCUGGUUGGCCUGGAAACAAAUAAGAAAGUAAAACUGUUAGAUAUGGUAAUAGCUGAAGCAAAGGCAAGGUGGAUGGUUCCAAUACUGCUUUUGGUAGUUUAGUGAAGAACAAGGAAUGUUAAAUAUUAUUCAAACUAAUGCCAGAGAUAAAUAUUGAGAGGAAACUACGUGUAUAUUCAGAAUAUUGUUGCUGUGAGUUGCUGAAGGCAGAAAGCUAACAUCUGGGCUUUCGAGGGCUCUUGUGGUAAAAGUAUGGUAUUAUCAGCAAUUAAACUAGUGUUCAGUAUUUGUGUGAA